AAGCUUCUCUGCUACAAGAUUUUACUACACAUAUAUAUAACCUCCUCCUACCUCCUUAUUCUUUCCAGCUUCUUCCUUCUUCCUCUUGUUUUUUUUUGUAUUUUUUUUUCUUUCUUUUGGAUCGAUAUCAUCCGGUGAUCGUCACAGGAUCAACAGCAGACAUGGGGGGAUCGUCGCCGUGCGCUUCGUGCAAGCUUUUGAGACGCCGCUGCGCCAAGGACUGCAUCUUCGCUCCAUACUUCCCCUCCGACGAUCCGCACAAGUUCGCCAUCGUUCACAAGGUCUUCGGCGCUAGCAAUGUCAGCAAAAUGCUCCAGGAGCUCCCGAUCCACCAGAGAGCGGAUGCGGUGACGAGCCUAGUCUACGAGGCGAAUGCGAGAGCACGGGACCCGGUUUAUGGGUGCGUCGGUGCGAUAUCGUAUCUGCAGAACCAAGUGUCCCAGCUGCAAAUGCAGCUUGCGGUGGCUCAGGCGGAGAUACUGUGCAUCCAGAUGCAGCAAGACCCGAGUGCACCCACCCCUGGCAGCGGCGGCGGCGGCCACCACAUAUCGUCUGACCACCAAGAUCAGCACUACCACCACCACUACCAUCACGAUCACAAGUCUUCCGCGUCGAUUUUGAAUACUAGUUCUAAUACCAACAGUUACUUAGAAAGCAUUCCUCAAUACAUCACCACUGCGUUUGCUGCUUCUUCUAGCAAUGUAAAUGUACUGCAGGACCCUCUAAAGCGAGAGUCCCCUUGGGCUUAAUUAAUUUUUAUUUAGUUUACUUGAAUUAAUUUAACUUCCUCUUCCAUUAUUACUGAUUAAUUAACCCUAAUUAAUGAUCUUCUCUCUCUCUCUCUCUCUCUCUCUCUCUCUCUCUCUCUCUAGCUAGGAGAGAGUGCAAUGGAUUUAUGCAUGUAUGGGGUCAAAGCCAAACAUGUGAGAUAUAUAUAUUGAGUAGACCAGAAAUCAAUUUCACCUUA